GCCCCGCCCCGCCAUGCCCCCCAAGAAGCAGCAGCAGCCGGCGGGGGGCAGCAAGAAGGCGGACCAGAAGAAGAAGGAGAAGAUCAUCGAGGAUAAAACAUUUGGCCUAAAGAAUAAAAAAGGUGCAAAGCAGCAGAAGUUUAUCAAGGCUGUGACUCACCAGGUUAAGUUUGGUCAGCAGAACCCACGUCAGGCUGCUCAAUCAGAAAGUGAGAAGAAAUUAAAGAAAGAAGAUAAGAAAAAGGAAUUACAAGAAUUAAAUGAACUCUUCAAGCCUGUGGUUGCUGCACAGAAAAUAAGCAAAGGUGCUGACCCAAAAUCUGUAGUUUGUGCUUUCUUCAAGCAAGGACAGUGCACUAAAGGAGACAAGUGCAAGUUUUCUCAUGAUUUGUCAUUGGAAAGGAAGUGUGAAAAACGAAGUGUCUACAUCGAUGCAAGAGAUGAAGACCUUGAAAAAGAUACAAUGGACAACUGGGAUGAGAAGAAGCUGGAAGAAGUGGUGAACAAGAAGCAUGGUGAGGCGGAAAAGAAAAAACCCAAAACCCAAAUAGUCUGCAAAUACUUCCUUGAUGCUAUUGAGAACAACAAAUAUGGAUGGUUUUGGGUCUGUCCGGGUGGAGGAGACAACUGUAUGUAUCGCCAUGCCCUCCCUCCAGGCUUUGUAUUAAAAAAAGACAAAAAGAAAGAGGAAAAGCAAGAUGAAAUUUCAUUAGAAGAUCUAAUAGAAAAAGAGCGUGCUGCCUUAGGACCAAAUGUUACCAAAAUUACUCUAGAGUGUUUUAUUGCAUGGAAGAGAAGAAAAAGACAAGAAAAAAUUGAUAAGGCCGAACAAGAUAUGGAGAGGAGGAAAGCAGAUUUUAAAGCUGGCAAAGCAUUGGUGAUUAGUGGACGUGAAGUAUUUGAAUUCCGGCCAGAGUUGGUUGAUGCAGAUGAUGAGGAAGCAGAUGACACCCAUUAUGUUCAAGGAGCAGGAGAUGAUGAUGAGGUGGAGGACCCUGUGUGUAUAAAUGAUGUAGAUUUGAACCUGUAUGUCCCCAAGGCAGUAGAAGAGACUGGUAUUACAGUGGCUAGUCCAGAGCGGUUCAGCACAUACACUUCAGUAGAAAAAGAUGAUAAUAAAUUAAGUGAAGCUUCUGGUGGUGAUAUAAACAACAGCGAGCAAAAUGAUUUAGACGAAGAUAAUGAUGGAGAUGGGGAAUUGGAAAAUGGAGUAAUUGAUGCAGUUCCAGUUGAUGAAAAUCUCUUUACUGGAGAGGACUUGGAUGAACUAGAGGAAGAACUAAACACUCUUGAUCUAGAAGAAUGAACUAAAAAGCUCCACUGAGGAAUUAAACCUAUGUGGCAAAGUGAAAACUGACUACAUUUUUUCUCCUUUUUGAAUAGAAUUCUUAAACAAGAUGUUUAUGGUUAUGCAGCUGAAUAUGAUGGGCACGUGAUAUACCAGGAAUGUUUUACUUCAAUCUCAUCUACUCCAGUCUUGACUAUGUUCACAGUAAAACGUUCAGAGUAGUUCAGAAUUACCCGACAGCUGAAUUUGCAGACAGUGAGAUUAUAACUUUCAGCUAAGAGUAGGAAGUGUUACUGCUUUGCCAGUAUGCAAGUGGGCAAUUUGACAUCAGGUACAGUACAAAAAUCCAAGUAUACAUUCUUCACAAAAACUGCAUUUUUUUUAGUGAUUGUGUUGAUUUAGAAACUGCCUGAAGUUGUUUCUAGGCAGGAUACUCUAAUGGAGCUGAUGCAGAUUAUGCUUCUUUAAGUGGUGAUUAGCUUUAUUUGAUCAGCUGGAUACUGAAGAUUGUGAACUGAUACUUCAUACAAUACAGUAUGGUGCCCUCUGUUUAAAAUGUUUUAAACUUUCCCAACACCUUUUGCCAAUAAAUCUGUAAAUAAAAGUUAUCAACUUUAAAA